UGAUCGCCCGAUAUAUGCACGCCACAAGUAGACGUCAUUUUGUUCUGAAUAUAACCUCACAUAUUUUAAUCUUCAUUUUUAAAAUUUAAAAUACAAGUAAAUAUGUUAGAAAUGGAAUUGUAUAGUGAUGUAAUAAAAUUGAUCAGCGAUAUUAGGCAUAGUAAGCUGCAUAAUUCCUAUGAUAUUGCUAUCCAUACUGAGAAAUUGAUUGAAAAACUAAUAUCGGAGGGAAAAUGGAACUCUGCAGAGGAUCUAAUGACGUUAAUAAAACUACGUAUCACUAGGUUUGCUAAUGCUCUACCACAGGAGGCUACAUCUGUAAAUAUAAUGCGGCAUAUUUUAAAAAUAAUACGGGAUGAGUAUGAUAGCGGAUUUAAAAAUAAAGGCGAAGGACAACAGUCAGCACAUCAUCUUGGAUCAACCACUAUGGAUGACUGUGAAGAUUAUUCAAAAGUGUUACCAUCUUUAAAAUCAUCACUUUUAGACAAUUUGGCCGAAUAUAAAGUUGAACUGGAAUCAAGUGCGGACAACAUCGCUGCACAAGCUUUAGAACAUAUUCAUGCGAAUGAAAUUAUUUUAACUGUAGGUAAAUCAAGUACAGUAGAAAAGUUUUUGAAAUAUGCCGCAAAAAGUCGUAAAUUUCAAGUCGUUGUCGUUGAAGCAGCGCCCCGAUUUCUCGGUCAUUUGAUGGCAUCCAAUUUAGCUAAAAAUAAUAUAGAGACAACAGUUAUACCAGACUCCGCUGUGUUUGCUAUGAUGUCUCGGGUUAAUAAAGUAAUUAUUGGAACACAUACUGUUUUGGCUAAUGGAGGACUUAGAGCUGAAUCUGGCGUCCACAUGGUGGCUUUGGCUGCUAAACAUUAUUCAAUUCCUAUAAUGGUAUUGGCACAUAUGUAUAAAUUAAGCCCAAUGCAUUUAUGUUCAAGUGAGCAAGAUGCUUUUAACAUUUGCGCCUCCCCAGCUGAUGUGUUGCCAUAUUCAAGUGGACCACUGUUGGAUAAAGUGCAUGUCUACAAUCCUGUGUUUGAUUAUGUCCCACCGGAAUUAGUAACACUGUUUAUUUCACACCAAGGAGGUAACGCCCCAUCUUAUGUCUACCGUCUAUUGUCCGAGUUGUAUCAUCCAGAUGACCAAGAAUUGUAAAAGUCUUGCAAAUAAAUACCACUUCUAAGAAA